GUGGGUUUGUGUGAGUGUGGGUUUGUGUGAGUGUGAGGUUUCCUGACAUCAUGGAAGCAAUUAAUUCAGAACAGGAUGUAUUGUAGCUGACUUUCCAUAUAUAAGCUGUACUGACUGGGGAGUGAACAGAAACUUUAGCAACGCUUAUAUUGUUGUGAUCCCCCAAAAAAAAAAAACAUUGUUUUGUUUUUUAAUUUUUCUACAUCACUUGGGCACAGCAGUGUUCCUAAAACAGGAAUAUUUAGUUUUCCAUGAUACGGGACCUUUAAUAUUUGCUAGUAUUACAGCUGCUAAAACGACAGCCCUACAACUCUGGAGCAGAUUUGAUUACAUUCUGUUGAUUUUUUGAAUGGUUCAUGAUGAUGGACUGGGCAGGACUUUAUGUGUAGAUGUGUUGGUUAUGAAGUCUUCUAUUCUACAAGUGGUAACUGCCAUGCAAUUUUAUGUUCUCAUCUCAUGGUUAGCAUUUUUAAAACUCAUUGCACUGAUGCUAUGCAGAGCAUGCAAUCCUGGUGAAUAUGAGGUUAAUGGAGAAUGCUGCCCAAUGUGUUCUGCAGGACAACGUGUAUAUAAACACUGCUCAGGAGAUUCCAGCACAACGUGUUUGCCUUGCGUGCAGUCAACCUACACUGAGGCUCCAAAUGGACUGAUAAAGUGUCACAGCUGCUCUGUGUGUGAUGAAGGUAUUGGUUUAAGAAUGCAACAAGAAUGUCGUUCAAAUGCGGACACAGUGUGUGAGCCUCAGUCAGGAUAUUAUUGUGUAGAGACACACGACAAGACCUGCAGAACAGCAAGACAGCACUCUACCUGCCUUCUUGGACAAUACAUCAACAAAACUGGUACAGCAUUUACAGAUACUGUAUGUAAAGACUGCUCUGAAGGUUCAUAUUCAGAUGGCUCUUUCGCUUUCUGCAAACCACAUAGAAAGUGUGAAUCUGCAGGACAGAUAACAACCACACCAGGAACAAAGUCGUCAGAUUCUCAAUGUACAGAUAAACGUUCUCAUUUUCUCUGCUUAGUGACCUUUUCUUUAUAUGCAUUAGUAAUAAUAGGGUUGAUAUUACGGAUGUUGUUUCAAAGAAGACAAUAAAAUGUUUUUGUGUGAUUUUCUUUUCA